ACCACCGGGUCUCGAGGUUACGCCUUUUCUUCAGCAAACGGGCCAGUGUAUUGCUACAGUUUUUGUGAAUGAGUGUACCUGCGUGCCCGAGGAGCUUCACAGUAGGGUCUGAGGACCGCAGCCAGGGAUGAGGGCCCACCUGCUGCUCCACCUCAUCGUCCAGCUGGCAGCAGCCCAGCAGGUGUUGAGGGGUGACAGAGAGGCCGACCCAGCCGCCAUCAAUGCGCUCGAACCCCUGCAUCACCACCAUCACCAUCACACGCACAUCACGCGACUAGACGUGAAGUGCGACAGUAGCGGGAUGUCCGUCACACUGGACUUCGACGGACCGUUCAGCGGGGUCGUCUACAGUAAGGGGUACUUCGACAACCCCAAAUGCAGGUACGUCCAGCCCGGGGGCGCGAGGAACUCCUACACGUUCGUCAUCCCGCUUCGCGACUGCGGUACGGCUCCGUCUGGUGGUUUCGGCCGCACGGUCGAUAACAUCAUCGUCAUACAGACCGACGACACAGUUCAGGAAAUCUGGGACACAGCGAGGAAGAUAUCAUGCGCGACCACAGAUCGCAAGGAAAAGACUGUCAUCUUCCAGCCAUUCGUGGUGGACAUGCUGGAGGUGGUCACCGUGCCCGUGUCCACAGGAACCGUGGACUGCUGGAUGGACAUCCAGCGGGGGCAGUUUCCCAACACGGCGCCCAUCAGCGAGAUUAUCAAGAUAGGCGAGACGUUGACCAUCCUCGUGUACAUAAAGGACAACGAGAACCAGUACGACAUCCGCGUCCGGGACUGCUGGGCCUACGACGGGGAAGAUUACGAGUCCCAGGACACACACAAGCUGCAGCUCACCGACAACGAGGGUUGUCCAAAGAAACCAAAACUAAUUGGUUAUUGGAGGAGAAGUUCUGAAACCGGAACGUCCGGGGCAAGUAUCAUUGCGUACAACAACAUCACCGCCUUCAAGUUCCCAGACAAGAUGCAAGUCUACCUCACGUGCAACAUUGAGAUAUGCUACGGCGAAUGCGAGGGCAGAUGUGAGGGGGGGCCUGGAGCAGCGAUAACGUCCUCCACGACACCACCAGCAACAUCACCAACCCCGGUCUGCUACCCGGGUAGCAGAGACCCAAAAUGUGUAACAACCACCGUCUGUUACCCAGGCAGCAGGAAUCCUGCAUGCGGCCCUCAGACACAACCCCCGCAAACAGAAACUCCUAUUACACAACCGCCAAGAUGUUACCCUGGCUCUACAGAUCCUAGAUGUCCUAGGCCAACACCGCCACCGACUACAGAACCGCCCAGAUGUUACCCAGGAUCUACAGACCCUAGAUGUCCUAGACCAACAUCUCCACCCACUACAAAACCUCCCAGGUGUUACCCAGGAUCUAGAGAUCCUAGAUGUCCUACACAAACACCAACACCUCCACCGACUACACAACCUCCCAGAUGCUACCCCGGAUCUACAGAUCCUAGGUGUCCUAGGCCAACACCACAACCCACUACACAACCGCCCAGAUGUUAUCCAGGAUCUACAGAUCCUAAAUGUCCUAGGCCAACACCUCCACCCACUACACAACCGCCCAGAUGUUACCCAGGAUCUACGGAUCCAAGAUGUCCGCAAACCACGCCUAAACCACCCACACCACCGCUAUGUUAUCCCGGUUCAACAGACCCAAGAUGUCCGAAACCAACGCCGCCUACAACUACCAAGCCGCCCCCAACAUACUUGCCUCCAACUACACAACCGCCCAGGUGUUACCCAGGAUCUACAGAUCCAGGAUGUCCUAGACCAACGACGCCACCAACUACAGAAUCUCCAAGAUGUUACCAAGGAUCUACAGAUCCUCGAUGUCCUAGGCCAACACCUCCACCGACUACAGAACCUCCCAGGUGUUACCCAGGAUCUACAGAUUCAAGAUGUCCUAGGCCAACUCUGCCUCCAACAACACAACCGCCCAGGUGUUACCCAGGAUCUACAGAUCCUAGAUGUCCUAGGCCAACACCGCCACCGACUACAGAACCGCCCAGAUGUUACCCAGGAUCUACAGACCCUAGAUGUCCUAGACCAACAUCUCCACCCACUACAAAACCUCCCAGGUGUUACCCAGGAUCUAGAGAUCCUAGAUGUCCUACACAAACACCAACACCUCCACCGACUACACAACCUACAACUACAAAGCCGCCUCCAACAUACUUGCCUCCAACUACACAACCACCCAGAUGUUACCCAGGAUCUACAGAUCCUAGAUGUCCUAGGCCAACACCUCCACCCACUACACCACCGCAAAGGUGUUACCCAGGAUCUACAGAUCCUAGAUGUCCUAGGCCAACGCCGCCUCCAACUACACAACCACCCAGAUGUUACCCAGGAUCUACAGAUCCUAGAUGUCCUAGGCCAACACCUCCACCCACUACACCACCGCAAAGGUGUUACCCAGGAUCUACAGAUCCUAGAUGUCCUAGGCCAACGCCGCCUCCAACUACACAACCACCCAGAUGUUACCCAGGAUCUACAGAUCCUAGAUGUCCUAGGCCAACACCUCCACCCACUACACCACCGCAAAGGUGUUACCCAGGAUCUACAGAUCCUAGAUGUCCUAGGCCAACGCCGCCUCCAACUACACAACCACCCAGAUGUUACCCAGGAUCUACAGAUCCUAGAUGUCCUAGGCCAACACCUCCACCCACUACACCACCGCAAAGGUGUUACCCAGGAUCUACAGAUCCUAGAUGUCCUAGGCCAACGCCGCCUCCAACUACACAACCACCCAGAUGUUACCCAGGAUCUACAGAUCCUAGAUGUCCUAGGCCAACACCUCCACCCACUACACCACCGCAAAGGUGUUACCCAGGAUCUACAGAUCCUAGAUGUCCUAGGCCAACGCCGCCUCCAACUACACAACCACCCAGAUGUUACCCAGGAUCUACAGAUCCUAGAUGUCCUAGGCCAACACCUCCACCCACUACACCACCGCAAAGGUGUUACCCAGGAUCUACAGAUCCUAGAUGUCCUAGGCCAACGCCGCCUCCAACUACACAACCACCCAGAUGUUACCCAGGAUCUACAGAUCCUAGAUGUCCUAGGCCAACACCUCCACCCACUACACCACCGCAAAGGUGUUACCCAGGAUCUACAGAUCCUAGAUGUCCUAGGCCAACGCCGCCUCCAACUACACAACCACCCAGAUGUUACCCAGGGUCCACAGAUCCCAGAUGUCCUAGACCAACACCUCCAACUACACAACCUCCAAGAUGUUACCCAGGAUCUACAGAUCCCAGGUGCCCUAGGCCAACACCUCCACCCACUACAGAACCUCCCAGGUGUUACCCAGGUUCUACAGACACUAGAUGUCCUAGGCCAACGCCGCCUCCAACUACACAACCACCCAGAUGUUACCCAGGGUCAACAGAUCCCAGAUGUCCGCAAAGCACGCCUAAACCCCCCACACCACCGCUAUGUUAUCCAGGUUCAACAGACCCAAGAUGUCCGAAACCAACGCCGCCUAAAACUACCAAGCCGCCCCCAACAUCACAACCACCCAGGUGUUACCCAGGAUCUACAGAUCCUAGAUGUCCUAGACCAACGCCGCCAACUACACAACCGCCCAUAUGUUACCCAGGAUCUACAGAUCCUAGAUGUCCUAGGCCAACGCCGCCUCCAACUACACAACCGCCCAGAUGUUACCCAGGAUCUACAGAUCCUAGAUGCCCUAGGCCAACACCACCACCCACUACAGAACCUCCUAGGUGUUACCCAGGAUCUACAGAUCCCAGAUGUCCGCAAAGCACGCCUAAACCCCCCACACCACCGCUAUGUUAUCCAGGUUCAACAGACCCAAGAUGUCCGAAACCAACGCCGCCUAAAACUACCAAGCCGCCCCCAACAUCACAACCACCCAGGUGUUACCCAGGAUCUACAGAUCCUAGAUGUCCUAGACCAACGCCGCCUCCAACUACACAACCGCCCACAUGUUACCCAGGAUCUACAGAUCCUAGAUGUCCUAGGCCAACACCACCAUCCACUACAGAACCUCCCAGGUGUUACCCAGGAUCUCUAGAUCCUAGAUGUCCUAGGCCAACACCUCCACCCACUACACAACCACCCAGAUGUUACCCAGGGUCUACAGAUCCAAGAUGUCCGCAAACCACGCCUAAACCCCCCACACCACCGCUAUGUUAUCCCGGUUCAACAGACCCAAGAUGUCUGAAACCAACGGCGCCUUCAACUACCAAACCGCCCCCAACAUACUUGCCUCCAACUACACAACCGCCCAGGUGUUACCCAGGAUCUACAGAUCUAAGAUGUCCUAGACCAACGACGCCACCAACUACACAACCUCCAAGAUGUUACCCAGGAUCUACAGAUCCUCGAUGUCCUAGGCCAACACCUCCACCCACUACACAACCACCCAGAUGUUACCCAGGGUCCACAGAUCCCAGAUGUCCUAGGCCAACAACUCCACCCACUACACAACCGCCCAGGUGUUACCCAGGAUCUACAGAUCCCAGAUGUCCUAGGCCAACACCUCCACCCACUACACAACCGCCCAGAUGUUACCCAGGAUCUACAGAUCCCAGAUGUCCUAGGCCAACACCUCCACCCACUACACAACCGCCCAGAUGUUACCCAGGAUCUACAGAUCCCAGAUGUCCUAGGCCAACACCUCCACCCACUACACAACCGCCCAGAUGUUACCCAGGAUCUACAGAUCCCAGAUGUCCUAGGCCAACACCUCCACCCACUACACAACCGCCCAGAUGUUACCCAGGAUCUACAGAUCCCAGAUGUCCUAGGCCAACACCUCCACCCACUACACAACCGCCCAGAUGUUACCCAGGAUCUACAGAUCCCAGAUGUCCUAGGCCAACACCUCCACCCACUACACAACCGCCCAGAUGUUACCCAGGAUCUACAGAUCCCAGAUGUCCUAGGCCAACACCUCCACCCACUACACAACCGCCCAGAUGUUACCCAGGAUCUACAGAUCCCAGAUGUCCUAGGCCAACACCUCCACCCACUACACAACCGCCCAGAUGUUACCCAGGAUCUACAGAUCCCAGAUGUCCUAGGCCUACACUUCCACCCACUACACAACCGCCCAGAUGUUACCCAGGAUCUACAGAUCCCAGAUGUCCUAGGCCAACACCUCCACCCACUACACAACCGCCCAGAUGUUACCCAGGAUCUACAGAUCCCAGAUGUCCUAGGCCUACACCUCCACCCACUACACAACCGCCCAGAUGUUACCCAGGAUCUACAGAUCCCAGAUGUCCUAGGCCAACACCUCCACCCACUACACAACCGCCCAGGUGUUACCCAGGAUCUACAGAUCCCAGAUGUCCUAGGCCAACACCUCCACCCACUACACAACCGCCCAGAUGUUACCCAGGAUCUACAGAUCCCAGAUGUCCUAGGCCUACACCUCCACCCACUACACAACCGCCCAGAUGUUACCCAGGAUCUACAGAUCCCAGAUGUCCUAGGCCAACACCUCCACCCACUACACAACCGCCCAGGUGUUACCCAGGAUCUACAGAUCCCAGAUGUCCUAGGCCAAAGCCGCCAUCAACUACACAACCUCCCAGAUGUUACCCUGGAUCUGCAGAUGCCAGAUGUCCUAGGCCAACGCCGCCAACAUCUACAGAACCUCCAAGAUGUUACCCAGGAUCUACAGAUCCUAGAUGUCCUAGGCCAACACCUCCACCCACAACACAACCGCCCAGGUGUUACCCAGGGUCUACAGAUCCUAGAUGUCCUGAGGCAACACCACCAGCAUACCCAGAACAGCCGUCGUGCCUUCCUGGUUCUACUGAUCCCCGAUGCUCGUCUCUGCCACCAGCAACAUACCUGCCUCCCGUACUCACGAAACCACCGGGUUGUUUUCCAGGAAGCACGGAUCCUAGGUGUCCUAGACCAACGCCGCCACCGACUUCACAACCGCUCAAAUGUUACCCAGAGUCUACAGAUCCCAGAUGUCCUAGACCAACAUCGCCACCAACUACACAACCGCCCAGAUGUUACCCAGGGUCUACAGAUCCUAGAUGUCCAAGGCCAACACCUACACCCACUACACUACCGCCCAGAUGUUACCCAGGAUCUACGGAUCCCAGAUGUCCGCAAACCACGCCUAAACCACCCACACCCCCGCUAUGUUAUCCCGGUUCAACAGAUCCAAGAUGUCUGAAACCAACGGCGCCUUCAACUACCAAACCGCCCCCAACAUACUUGCCUCCAACUACACAACCGCCCAGGUGUUACCCAGGAUCAACAGAUCCAGGAUGUCCUAGACCAUCGUCGCCACCAACUACACAACCUCCCAGAUGUUACCCAGGAUCUCCAGAUCCUCGAUGUCCUAGGCCAACACCUCCACCCACUACAGAACCUCCCAGGUGUUACCCAGGAACUACAGAUCCUCGAUGUCCUAGGCCAACGUCGCCACCUACUACACAACCUCCCAGAUGUUACCCAGGAUCUCCAGAUCCUCGAUGUCCUAGGCCAACGUCGCCACCUACUACACAACCUCCCAGAUGUUACCCAGGAUCUCCAGAUCCUCGAUGUCCUAGGCCAACGUCGCCACCUACUACACAACCUCCCAGAUGUUACCCAGGAUCUCCAGAUCCUCGAUGUCCUAGGCCAACGUCGCCACCUACUACACAACCUCCCAGAUGUUACCCAGGAUCUCCAGAUCCUCGAUGUCCUAGGCCAACGUCGCCACCUACUACACAACCUCCCAGAUGUUACCCAGGAUCUCCAGAUCCUCGAUGUCCUAGGCCAACGUCGCCACCUACUACACAACCUCCCAGAUGUUACCCAGGAUCUCCAGAUCCUCGAUGUCCUAGGCCAACGUCGCCACCUACUACACAACCUCCCAGAUGUUACCCAGGAUCUCCAGAUCCUCGAUGUCCUAGGCCAACGUCGCCACCUACUACACAACCUCCCAGAUGUUACCCAGGAUCUCCAGAUCCUCGAUGUCCUAGGCCAACGUCGCCACCUACUACACAACCUCCCAGAUGUUACCCAGGAUCUCCAGAUCCUCGAUGUCCUAGGCCAACGUCGCCACCUACUACACAACCUCCCAGAUGUUACCCAGGAUCUCCAGAUCCUCGAUGUCCUAGGCCAACGUCGCCACCUACUACACAACCUCCCAGAUGUUACCCAGGAUCUCCAGAUCCUCGAUGUCCUAGGCCAACGUCGCCACCUACUACACAACCUCCCAGAUGUUACCCAGGAUCUCCAGAUCCUCGAUGUCCUAGGCCAACGUCGCCACCUACUACACAACCUCCCAGAUGUUACCCAGGAUCUCCAGAUCCUCGAUGUCCUAGGCCAACGUCGCCACCUACUACACAACCUCCCAGAUGUUACCCAGGAUCUCCAGAUCCUCGAUGUCCUAGGCCAACGUCGCCACCUACUACACAACCUCCCAGAUGUUACCCAGGAUCUCCAGAUCCUCGAUGUCCUAGGCCAACGUCGCCACCUACUACACAACCUCCCAGAUGUUACCCAGGAUCUCCAGAUCCUCGAUGUCCUAGGCCAACGUCGCCACCUACUACACAACCUCCCAGAUGUUACCCAGGAUCUCCAGAUCCUCGAUGUCCUAGGCCAACGUCGCCACCUACUACACAACCUCCCAGAUGUUACCCAGGAUCUCCAGAUCCUCGAUGUCCUAGGCCAACGUCGCCACCUACUACACAACCUCCCAGAUGUUACCCAGGAUCUCCAGAUCCUCGAUGUCCUAGGCCAACGUCGCCACCUACUACACAACCUCCCAGAUGUUACCCAGGAUCUCCAGAUCCUCGAUGUCCUAGGCCAACGUCGCCACCUACUACACAACCUCCCAGAUGUUACCCAGGAUCUCCAGAUCCUCGAUGUCCUAGGCCAACGUCGCCACCUACUACACAACCUCCCAGAUGUUACCCAGGAUCUCCAGAUCCUCGAUGUCCUAGGCCAACGUCGCCACCUACUACACAACCUCCCAGAUGUUACCCAGGAUCUCCAGAUCCUCGAUGUCCUAGGCCAACGUCGCCACCUACUACACAACCUCCCAGAUGUUACCCA